GGGCUGCUGGAGCGGCUGCUGCGGCAGAUUGACUCAGGUGUGCGCUGUUGGCCUGUAGAUCUGGAUGUGUCUGUUCUGGAUCAGCAGCUGAAACUCUUCGUGUCGAGACACUCGGCCUUCCUGUCAGAGGACGUCCCAGCUGUCAGAUGAUGUCAGUGGUCUGACAUCACCAGAUGUUUCCUCUGUAAGGUUUGGUACCACAGCAGAAGUGACGGCCCUCAGCCGUCGUCCUCUAAACACUCCCUGGACCCUCCGUCACCUCCUGGACCCUCCAUCACCUCCUGGACCCUCCGUCACCUCCUGGACCCUCCUCACCUCCUGGACCCUCCGUCACCUCCUGAACCCUCAUCACCUCCUGGACCUGCUGCUGACUUUAUUCAGUCAGAUUCAGGCUCUGAGCAGUUUGGGCUUCAUGGAGCUUUUAAAUAACUUUAUUUUUACAACAGACGUAUGAUAAAGAAAAACUGUGUCCAGCUCUGUGUCAUCACAGUGAUGCUACUGUGGUAAACUUCCCUCCAGACCUCCCUGCUCCUCCCUCAGCUCAAAUCCUCCUCAUCAGAGUCCUGCACGGGUCCAUUUUUAAAAACCUGAACUUGCCCACACCCAUAAAGCUCAGUACCAGAGCCGACCCGUUACCUGUCGUUGUGUCUCAGCUGCACCUGUAAAUAAACACGCACCUGUGACCUGCUGUGUUUGGGCCCGUACACAUGCUGCGUCUUUAACCGCCUGGAAAACAUGAGGUCAGGCGCUGGCUGCGACUGUUGUGCCUUUUCUGUAAGAGCUUUCAAGAGCGCGGCAGCAGGUUGCAUCUGAGGUUGCUAAGCGAUAACCAGCACCAUGUCAUAGCCUACAAACCAGAAACCCUGAGUGCAGAGCUGAUCUACUUCCUGUGUGUCUGUGGGACAGAUGUAAACAAUGACCAACUUCUCCUCCAUAUUUAUCACAGACUGAUAUUUACUGAAGAAGGAAAGUUACCUGUCGGCUGUGAUUGGUUGGUCCUCGUCAUAUGACAGUCAGGGUGCAGCCACCACGCCCUGAAAAAUAGGCAGUUUGGAACGUGUGCGUCGCUCCGGUGUCUGAGUGCAACUGCUGCGUGUCAACACUGAAAAUAAUUGGUUUGAGGGCACAAAAACUGCAGCGUGUACGGCCCCUUACAUGUCACACCCAUCACUCCUCUUAUGAUUCUGUGAUGUCAUAAUGCUGUCUGAAAUCACACACUGGAGCCACAUGAUGCCGCCGCUGUUUGGUUCUGUGUGAAAACACAAAGGAGGUGUAAAGAUGGGACGUCAUUGCGGCUCUAUGGCGCCAUCUCUGUGUGAACUGAGAUCAGCUCUGAUCAAAUAUAAACCCAGACUCUGUCUCUGAGUCGUAUGGUUCUCUCUUCAGACACGUUUUAUCUUCCUGUUUCCCGGUAAUAUGACAUCAUUCAUUACCAGCCGGUCGUCACAUGACCCACCAGUGGGAGCGUUUAUUGGUCAGAGGACGCUGCAGCACCGCGGAGACGUUCUGGACACUCAGGUUGUUGUGAAUCCGGCUCAUGACUUUGUCUGCUCAGAGGUGCGGCGGCUGGUCUGUGACUCUUCGCGACACAAACUUCUGGUUCUGGCUGGUCAGUGUGUGGAAGAGUCCGGAGACAUCGUGUUACAGAGAGGCUGCUUCUCUCUGAGCGACUUCAUCCACAUCUUCACUGACGAGGAGGUUGGAGAGUUGUUGAGCAAUGCAGACCCGGCGGUGAAGUCCAGUCUCACCCUCAGUUGUCCAGACUUUGGUCUCUGGAGACACUCUGCGUUGGACAAACACAACCUGCAGGACUACAUCAACAUCCAGAUCAACCCUCCCAUCGUCCUCCCAGAGAUGGAGGGUCUGCAGGAGUUCACAGAGUACCUGUCGGAGUCGUUGGAGCCCGAGUCGCCCUUCGAGCUCCUGGAGCCCCCAAGCACCGUGGGAUUCCUGAAACUCUCUCGGCCCUGCUGCUACAUCUUCCCUGGGGGGAGGGGGGACUCUGCCUUCUUUGCUGUUAAUGGUUUUAACGUCCUGGUGAAUGGCGGCUCCGAUCCCUGCUCCUGCUUCUGGAAACUGGUUCGACACCUGGACAGAAUUGACUCGGUGCUCCUGACUCACAUCGGCGUGGACAACCUGCCCGGGCUGAACAGUCUGCUUCUGAGGAAAGUGGCAGAGCAGGAGGAGGAGUCUGCUGGAGCUCAGACUGAAGAGGACUGGAUGAAGAACCUCAUCUCGCCUGAGAUUGGGGUGGUCUUCCUCAAUGUUCCCGACAGACUGAAGUCCUUACGAGGAGAUCCCAGUGAGCUGCGAAGCUGCGACCAGGUGGCUCUCACCCUGCAGCAUUUACAGAGACUUUCAAUUAAACCUGAACCUCUCAGCCGCUCUAACGGACCCAGUAUAGAACCAGUUAUCUUGUUUCAGAAGAUGGGAGUGGGUCGUCUGGAGCUGUACCCGCUGAAUCCAGUCAGCGGCAGCAAACACCUCGAAGCUUUAAUGCAGACUUGGCCAAACAACGGAUCAAAUGUAAAAGGCUCAGAUCUUCCACUGCCAUGCCUUGUGUCCAUUUGUGCUUUGCUGGUCUGGCAUCCCUCCAGUCCUCUGGAGAAGAUCAUCCGCGUCCUUUUCCCAGGGUGCACGCCGCAGACCAAAAUUCUGGAUGGACUUGAAAAACUCAAACAUCUGGAUUUCCUCAAACAUCCGGUCGUGUGUUUUAAGGACCUCGAAACAUCCAAAACAGAGAAACAACCAAAACGAGCAGAGAGUCGGGAAAGCCUUAAGUCACAGUCCAAGGACUCCAGACCCAUUAGUGCCUUACAGAAAGACAAGCUUGGACGAGUAGACGUCAAGAGACAGGAGGUGAAAACAAAGCCAAAGGCAGCAGGUGACGCCGCUCCGAAAGAAAAGAAGGAAUGGGAUGAAAAGUCCAAACUGAAGGACGCAGACGCUAAAUCAAAACCUGCUGAGAAACUUGUCCCAAAGAAAGACAUGUCAAAAGAAGAGAAAAAGGAAGUGAAAAAGAAGGACGAGAAGGUCGCUGCUGCUGUUGUAAAGAAAGAAGAGAGUGGAGAGAAGAAGAAAGAAGCGGUAAAGAAGGAAACCCUAAGUGCAAAACCAAAGAAAGACAUCAAACCUGAACCAAAAAAAGACAGCAAGAAGGACGUCAAAGCAGAGGAGAAGAAAACCGCAAAACCAGCUGUUAAAGAAGUGAAGAAAGCAACAAGUGCAGCUUCAACAGGAAGUACAGACGUAAAGAAAGGUCUGGGCAAGAGUGGGUCUCUGAAGAAAGAUGGGACUCUCCCAAAGAAAGACACUUUGAAUAAAGGGACAAAAGGUAAACCAGGUCCAAAGGAGCAGGAAAACCAGAAGGAGGCAGAUCGGUCCAAGGUGUCCACACCUGAGGACAUGACGGCUGAAUUUGAAAGACUUCGACUGGAAGACGACAACAGGAACAGAAAUCAGAACUCUGCGAUCACUGCAGUCACGAGUCCUGAUGGAGAACAGGCCAACGGAAACCAGACCUGCACGGUGGAGAGUCCAGAGAAGUUUCGCUGUGUGGAGACGGACCACGUCUCUAACUGUGCAGGACACAAGCCUUUCCAUCCAUCCUCUGAGGAGGACAUUCAGGUUUUAGGUGAGGACAGAAGCCUUGGGGUGCGAGGGUCCAGUCUGGGCUUUGAGGAUUAUAACCAGGGAGGUUGUAGGACGUCCGACCUGCGCUCCCCGAGGGACGCUGUGGAGAACUCCUCCUCCUCCUCCUCCUCUCAGGACAAACAGUCCAGUCUGUUGACGCUCAGUCCUUUCAAAGACAUCAUGCCAGACUCCUCCCCCACCAUCACCUCCCUGCCGGCUGAGGUCGGCUCUCCUCACUCCACAGAAGUCGAUGAAUCUCUAUCGGUUUCUUUAGAGCAAACACUUCCACCGGCUGCUGUGUCGCCCAGAGGACCUGCCGCAGACAGAGUCUACUCUAACGGACACGUUAGCGACUCGGACUCCCUACCUCUGAGGUCCAACCAUAAUAGCCGCUCAGAAGAGCAUGUCCACGGGAUAUCAGAGCUUAUCUCAGAUGUUCCACAUGAUGUUGAUCUCUGCUUGGUGUCGCCCUGUGAGUUCCAGCACCCCAAGACUCCAGAGAACCAUCAGCAGCAUGUUAGCCCUGGCUUCGCCGCCGCUGACUUACCAGACAUCUCAGACAACAACAACCACUCACAGGAUCAAAGCAGCAGCGGCUGUCCUUCAGCCUACAGCCAGGAAACUCCACCCACAUCAGUCAGCGACUCCCUCCUGACGGCCACGGACUCUGACGUCCCGCCCUGUACAGAGGACUGUCCCUCCAUCACAGCAGACAUGGAGUCUGAUGAUGAUUCCAGUGGCCUUUUCCCACCCACUCAUCCACAAGAUCACCCGAGUCCCCACUACUCCCACAGAGGAGGACACGACCCGCCGCCAGCCCCGGUCAAAGAUCUGCCCCCGUUACCACCCCAGCCUGGAGCCUGCAUGGCCGACACGGAGGGCAGCCGUAGUCUGAAGAGUUCAGCCGCCAAGACCAAGAAACCAACCGGUACGACGAUGAAGGCGACCUCUGGAAGUACCACAGCCCAGAACGGAAAGUCAAAGGUCGGUAGCUCCACAGGCUCCCUGAAGAUGACCUCCAGCAUCGACAUGAAGCCGUCAUCCCGAAAUUCACUGGGAGGCUCCAGAGUCGCACCUGCAAAACCUUCGUCCUCAGCUUCUAAAGCUGCAGGUUCUGAGGGUUCUGCGGUCUACGUGGACCUGGCCUACCUGCCGUCCGGCUGCGCCUCCUCCACCGUGGACCUGGAGUUGUUCAGACGUCUUCGCUCCUCGUAUUACAUCAUCAGUGGAGACAACCCUGUGAAGGAGGUGGCAAUGAGGAGCAUCCUGGACGCCCUGCUGGAGGGGAAGAGCAGCUGGCCGGAGGUUCAGGUGACUCUGAUCCCAACCUUUGAUUCGCUGGCGAUGCAUGAGUGGUACCAGGAGACCCAUGACAGGCAGAGGGACCUGUCAGUCACCGUGCUGGGCAGCAACAGCACCGUGGCCAUGCAGGAGGAGACCUUUCCCGCCUGCAAGGUCGAGUUCUGAGAUGAGAGUCACGGCCGCUGAAAGCCCCGCCCACCUCACCUCUGACGUCUGCACAGGUGGAGACAGAGGAGACUUUAAUCGUUGCCAUGGUUACAUUCUGACCAGACCAAUGAGAGGAUGUGUUUGAUCAGGUUUCCUUAAAUAUCUGAAAGCCCCGCCUCCUUCAGUGAAGUCAUUUUAGUAAGCAUGCUCAGUUACUCCUCGCACAGCUCUUAGUCUGAAGGUUCACGAGACAGGAAGUCAAGAUACUGGUCUCUCAAGUAAGAAAUGGUUUCCUUUACAUUCCCUGCACUUGCAACACCUGUCACUUCCUGUCACCUCCGCUCACUUCCUGUCACCUCAGCUCACUUCUUGUCACUUCCUCUCUGCUGGAUCAGGACCGUCGGCUCACCUGCUAACAAACAUUAGCACAUUAGCAGGAGGCUGAAUUUUAACACCGAUGUUGUUUUAAUCAAUUUGCUUUUUAAGGAUUUAAUGACAUCAUUGUUUCUUUAAACUGGGCGCAUAUAUAUAUAUAUAUAUAUAUAUAUAUAUAUAUAUAUAUAUA